UUUUGAGCUGUGUUGAAGGCGAGGCAACAAGCGUAUCUGACUGGCUGCGCGCAAGGAGCCAGUAACUUUCACUUCCAGCACAGUUCAGUUCAUACAAGCGGGAGCUGCAUGGAGAGCUCACUCCAGAGGUGAACGGCUCUCAUCUGUUCAGCACACAAUGAGGCUGCUUACCGAGGGAAAGCUUACUAUAAAGAUGAUGCGGAGCAAAUGUCUAACUUUUUGGCACCGGUGGAUUUUUAUAUCCACAAUCUAUCAAUUUUUAUUUGCCUCACCGGCUCAGUCCGAGGGAAAUACUAUUCGAUACCAGACCCAUGAGGAGGACGCACCGGGUACAGUCAUCGGAAACCUUGCCAAGGGCAUGUCCUUGAGUCUGUCUCAUUCCUCCAAGACCAAUUUCAGGAUGAUGAAACAAUUCAAUGAUUCAUUCAUCAGGGUAAGAGAAAGCGACGGGGAACUCACUGUCGGGGAACGAAUUGACAGGGAAAGAAUCUGCAGACACACUCUACAGUGUCUCAUCACUUUUGACGUGGUGAAUUUCUCCAAAGACCGCUACAGAUUGAUUCACGUUGAGGUGGAAAUAAAGGACAUCAAUGAUAACUCUCCGGAGUUUCCAAACAAGGAAUAUGUAGUGGAGAUCUCAGAGAACGCGGCAUUGGGGUCCCGUAUCCCUUUAGACCCAGCUGCGGACGCUGAUGUCGGGUCAAACUACAUCCAAAGCUAUCAGAUUUCUGUCAACAGUCAUUUUACCAUUGAUGUGCUCCUGAGAGCGGAUGGGGUUAAAUAUGCGGAAUUAGUGCUAAUGAAAGAGCUAGACAGGGAGACUCAGUCAUCAUUCACCGUGGAGCUGGUCGCCACAGACGGAGGAAACCCUUACAGAUCAGGGUCAACAAAGAUAACUAUUAAAGUGACUGACUUUAAUGACAAUAGUCCCGUUUUUGACCAGAAUAGUUUCUCAGUUAGUUUGCCAGAGGACGCACCGGUUGGCGCUGUUAUACUGGAGUUAAACGCAGUUGAUGCUGAUGAGGGUUUGAACGGAGAGGUCGUCUAUGGGUUCGGAAAACAGGUUUCUCAUGAGAUCCGAGGGCUUUUCCAAGUGGAUAAUAAAUCAGGUCGCCUGACGCUCAGGAGCCCAGUGGAUUUUGAGGACAAAAGCACAUAUGAGCUAGACGUCCAGGCGACUGAUCUGGGACCGAACCCGAGCCCCUCCGUGUGCAAAGUCAUAAUUUAUGUCACAGACGUCAAUGACAAUGCCCCAGAAAUCAGCAUCACCCCGAUGACCUCCAUUACGACAGGCGUUGCAUACAUCAGCGAGGCGGCAGACAAGGACAGUCUGGUGGCGCUGAUCAGCACCCUGGACAGAGACUCGAGUGUUAACGGCCAGGUCCACUGCACAUUAUACGGUCACGACCAUUUCAAACUCCGGCAGGCUUACGAGGACAGCUACAUGAUAGUUACAGCAGCAGUCCUAGACAGGGAGAGGAUUAGUGAGUACAACUUGACGGUCAUGGCUGAGGAUUUUGGGUCACCUCCGCUGAGAAAGAUCCUUCAGUAUACCAUUAGACUCAGCGACGAGAAUGACAACGCCCCUCACUUUACAAAAGCUGUCUAUGAAGUUUCAGUGGUGGAAAACAACGCCCCGGGCGCUUACAUCACCACAGUCGAGGCCAGCGACGCGGAUCUGGGCAAUAAUGGCAAAAUUACUUACAGACUUGUGGACAGUGUUAUCAUGGGGUCCCCAGUGAACACAUUUGUGUCUCUUAAUUCCGUGUCUGGCUCUAUAUAUGCACUAAGAAGUUUUAAUUAUGAAGUGAUGAAACUGCUAGACAUACACAUCCAGGCAAGUGAUGGGGGGUCACCACAGUUGCAGAGCACAGCUGUCAUCAGACUAAAAAUAGUAGAUCAGAAUGACAACCAACCUUCUAUCAUAAAGCCACCCCUUUACAAAGGAUCUGCUGAGGUUUUUCUGCCCAAAGAUGCACCUUCAGGUUAUGUGGUAACUCAGAUAAAGGCCACAGAUGCUGAUGAAGGUCUAAAUGCACAGCUGUCCUAUAAAAUCACAGAGGGGGGACACCUGGGUUUCUCUGUCAACAAAGACACAGGAAAGGUGCAUGUGAGCCGACAGCUGAUGUAUGAUCUCACAGACAAUGUCAAAGUCACAGUGUCAGUCAGUGACAAUGGAUCCCCGGCGCUUACCUCUACAGCCAUUAUACAUUUCAGCUUCAUAGAAGGAACUCUUCCCAGCAUGCCUUCCUUGGCUCAAAAUGGCAGCGAGGAGCUCUUUGAAUGGGACAUGUCCAUAGCCAUAAUCAUUGUCCUGGCAGGGAGCUGUUCUCUUCUCUUGCUGGCUAUCAUUCUCAUAACAACCAUUUGCAGCAGUCGGAAAAAAGAGACAAAGGAGGGGGGGUACGAUGAAAAAGAAGACAUACCAAAUGUGGAAAAAGUGGAAAGUGGUCAUGUUGAUUCAUUGAUUGCCAACCACAAAGGCAAAGUGUUUGAUGUUCAUCCAUUUCCAGAGAAUCCUCCAUUGGCCAGCAGCAACACAACAGAGACAGGCUGCGAGGAUGGCAGGCAGACAGCAGGCAUCUUUGAGUCAAACAACAGGGUGGUGGAGGGUAAAUUAAAGGGUUACUCUACUCUUCCGGGAUAUGGGAAAGAAACAGUCAGACCAAUAACAAUAUGGAAAGGGAAUUCGUUCACAACAAUCUCUGCAAGAGAUCCCCACAUAAGUGGCAAGGACAGUGGAAAAGGGGACAGUGACUUCAAUGACAGUGAUUCUGACAUAAGUGGAGAUGUGCACAAAAAAGAGUCGCCGCCAACAAACAGUCUCUGGGCUUGUACAAGCGAGUGCAAAGUGUUGGGACACUCGGACCGAUGCUGGAGCCCUUCAGCUACAAGGCCCAACACGAUCAUGGCCUGUGGGCCGCAUCUCUCAACUUUCAACAAGACUGCUUCCCUUCCCAGGAACACUGGAAGGGAAAACUACUAUCCAGCACACAUACCCAAAACCAAUGGUCUGCAAAGUGUGUACGAAAAAGUCCAACACCAGGAAUUUGAUUAUAUUCUAGUUGGUCCAUCAACACCGGCCAGAAUACAGGAAACAGAUGAGAUGUCCAUUCCAGAGUACACAAACUCUUAAAGAUACACUACCAGUCAAAAGUACAUCCAAAGUGAUCCUGUCUUUAUACUGUACAUUACUUUGAUCUUAAUUGACUCUAUGUUGGAUUGUUGCAGUGUUGUGUGUCUUUUGGCUCAUGUAAGACUGUUCAUUAUAUUAUGUGUAAUAUGCAAGAUUUUGUACAUUAAUAAUAUAUUUUUCAUAAUGAUGUAAUGUAAAAAAGGAUUUUAUUAUGAAUUUUCAAGAGCAUGUGUUUACUAUUUAAGGGGCAUGAGCUAUAGACAUUUAGGCCAAAAGGAGCCUUUCCGCUGUGAAAAACAAUCAAUAUGAAAGAUUACCAUGUUUGUGGUAGGUUUUGUCACAUUGUUACACAAAUAAACAGUUAAAAG